CUUCGGAGCUAGGGGUUAGGGCUUGUUUGGUUGCGUAGUGCUGAUCGAUUCGCGUUUUAUUUGUUUUUUUUGUCGCGCGAUUUGAGCUAGGGGGAGCAGGUUGGGUAAGCUCGCCCGGGCGUUUGGAUUGGGUGAUCGGGGCGGGCCGAUGGGACAGCUGAUUGGGUUUAGCGUUGAUCGCGAGCCCGGGGCUCAGGUGAUUUCAGAAAUUUUAGAUGCGCUCCGCGUUGGUUUGUACGAACAACGCUUGGGCGAAUCCGGUCGGCUCCUCCUCGGGUUCUUCGCCGCUCUCGAAUGAUUCCGAUGCGCUACUUGGGUUCCUCGCUGCGGAUUCCGUGGGGUUCUGAGUGUCACUGCGUGAGUGUUUGAGAAAUUUGGUAUGGCGUGGUUCCCUUGGCUUUGUUGGAGUAGCACUCGAUCUCGGGAAGUUAAUUUCGCCUACUGCGGCCUUGCUUUUGCCCGUGCUUAGGUUUAAUAGGUGGUUUGGACGCUCAAUUACUCCGCGGUGCAUUCUUGAAAGACCAGUAGGUGUUUAAUAAUAGUGAUACUUACAAAUCAAAAUAGGUGGCUUUAUGCAUGACUCCAGCAGUGAAUGCUUAAUGCCAAAGUUAAUGUCUUUCUCCAUGCAAUUUGUGCUUCAAUUUGCCCUUGUUAUGUGCACUUUUUAGAAAACAUUAUCGAACUGACCCAACAGUGCAAUCAGCAUACGCCAUUACCUUGCGCAUACCAAACUGUCUGCUUGGAUAGUCGAUUUUGCCGAAGAGAAUUCCGGCAACUUCAAGUGAACUUUGGCAUUUUAUUUAUUGCUAUUAUAUUUUCCCCUUGUCUGUAUCGGGGCGGGCAUAUCAGUAAUGCAUGUGCAUAGAUCAUAAGUGGUAAGUAGUAAAAAAGGUCCCUGUUUCCCAUGCUGCUUCCGGUGGGAAAUUAUUAGGCAACAGAUUUGUCUCGCAUGCAUGUGGAUUGUCCUGUCUGUUCCAAAACCAUCAGAAUCUCCUUGAAUAAUUUGUUUAUUUGCUUUGUCCUUGCUCGAUUGCUGCAUGAUCCCAUGUAGCAGCUCAGUUUUCCCAAAAAAAAUUCUUCUUUUUUAUGCUUUAGAUAGUGGAUGCAAUGAUGUAUAAUGUAUUUAUACAUGCCAGUGCCGCCUUCAUCCCUUGCUUCUGAGCCUCCAUCAAAUCACUUCCCUUCCUAGUCCAGCCAUUAUGUCCCCACGAGAGGGAUUGAGGCAACAACUGCAGCUGUUCAGAAUUGCAGUUCUCAAACUGGGAGCUAGUUCAUGAGAUCCACAUUGUUGUGGUUUUUCUGGAAGUUGCUAUUCUUCAUGGAUGUCCUUAAGAGUGAUGUGAAGAAGGCUGCUCUUGUCGAUGAGACUCUAAGACAACCACUAGUUCCAUCUGAGAAGCACAAUGCUUUCAGCAGGAGAGAUUCCGCAUCCAGGCACAAGACCGGACUGGCUGCUGCCACUAAGACAAGGCGAUGUACAUCACCAAGUCUUGGCCGGAUGUCCGCUACUGAGGGCACACCAAGACCCAAAAGGGCGCAAUCAGCAGAUAGAGGAAGGCGGUCCUCAACACCUUCAACCCCUUCUUCUAGGGUGUCAACACCCUCAACCGCUACAUCAAGGUCUGUUACACCUGUUCGUGAUAUCGUCACAGAGUUACGUAAGAGUUCUAAGUGUAUAUCAAGCACAAGGGAUCCUGAUGGAUUGUGGCCAGCGAUGCGGAACUUGUCUUCCUCCUUCCAGUCAGAAUCUAUAGCUGCACCUACUGAUAAAAAAGAUAAAACGCUGGAUCGUACCAAGGGGAAGGUAAGUGUUCUCACUGAGAGGAAGAGAAGUCCUUUUAGAAGGAAGAACAUUGGUGAACAAUGUGAGAAUACUCAACCUUACGAAGAGCACCCUAAGAGGGUAAUUGAGCAACACCGGUGGCCAGCCAUGAUAGGUAGGCAGGUGCCUACGAAUCUCAUGUCAAGAAAUAUUGACCUUUCCGACAAAGCUACUAGAUCAGUUCCUUUGUCAAAUACUUCAAGAGGCCUUUCACCAAGGAAGAUCCCUGCUUCUGAAGGUACAGUCAAACGGUUGGAUCAAUCAUUGGAUGAAGUGGCAAGGAGAUUGGCUAUCCAGGCAAGCAGAAGAGAUGGUGAGGUAGAUUCUGGUAAUAAUAUUCAUUCACAGACAACAGAGAGAUCUAAAUCUGUGAGCCGGCCAAGCAGGACUGUUACUUUCCCUGUUCCAGUUGUACAUCGACCACCAUCACCAAGAAAGGUGUUGCCAGCUGCAUCCUCACCUUCCAGGACCUUCCAGAGCCCAUCUCGGACAAGGCCUUCAACACCGUGUCGGUCACAAAGUACUGGAACUAUUCAAUCAGGUGUUACAUCUCCUGUUACUAACUACAUGGUUGAUGUGAAAAAGGGAAAGAAGAAUGCCAGCCAAAUUGAAAACAUCCACCAACUGCGUCUAUUGUACAAUAGAUAUUUGCAGUGGCUCUUUAUAAAUGCUCGUGCAGCAGACAUUCUAUCAUUUCAAAAUAUCACAGUUGAGAGUACUAUUUAUAAUGUCUGGAGGAAUAUCUUAAACUUGCGGGAUGCUGCUAAUGUUAGAAGAAUCAUGGUGCAACACCUUCAGAAAGAAUUGAGGCUGUACGGCAUUCUGAAAGAGCAGAUUGUAUAUCUUGAACAAUGGCCAGCACUUGAAAGAGAUAAUAGCAUCGCUUUAUUUGGAGCAACUGAGGCUCUAAAAGCAAGCACACUGCGCCUGCAAGUUACAUCAGGAGCAAAGGCUGAUGUAAUUGCUCUUAGGAAUGCUGUAAGCUCAGCUGUUGAUGUCAUGCAAGGGUUGGGCUCAUCUGUUUGCUGCAUGCUUUCAAAGGUUGUGGACAGGACAUCUUUGGUUUCAGAACUUUCUGUCAUAGCAGGACAAGAAAAGGUCAUGCUCGAUGAAUGCAGAGAACUCUUAGCUGUGGCUGCAAAACUGCAGGUGCAAGAGUCCAGCCUACGGACACAUCUUAUGCAGCAGAGACAUGGACUUGUUGAUAUGAAUUAACAAGCCGGACAAGCUCUGGAAAUCCCAAUGCCAUGCUUUUGAACAGGUACAACUGUGCAAGUUGAACCUGCAAACUAUAAGAACAUAUCAUGCAAACAGAAAGGUAUCUUUAGAGAGAAAUAACAAGAACAAACAAAUGUUAGACGUCCCCUGGAGAUCAUGGUGUGAUGCUGUGCAGCUAACUACUCCCAGUGCAUAGAGAUGAUAGCUUUACUUAAAGGCCUCGUCAAAUGUAAAUGAUUUUUCACCAUAUAGAGCACUUCAAGCCUUUUUUUAGUCAUUUUUCUUAUUUUGUUCGCUGUAUAGAGCCCUCUUCUUUCCAAUUGUAUUUUUGACAUAUGGAAAUAAUACACAAAAUGAAAUGGACGGGCUUAGAUGAUGAAAAAUAUGAGUUCUUUUAAAAUCCUGUAAGAUUUUGUACCUGCACUCUGUUUGGCAGCUUAAGCAACUAAUUUAAGUGUUGUGUGAA